UAGUCUGCAGAAGUCACGUGUUUAAGGGUUAAUAUGGAUUCAUAAACGGGGAAUUCUGACCCGGCUAUCAGCUCACACGUGAUUUCUCAGAACUCCUCUCUCUUCAGUAAAGUGAAAGUAAUAAACCAGAAAAACAAAUCUUGGUGGUGUCAGUGAAGGCAACACGACAGGUAACAGUCACUUCGGUGCUCGUUUACCCGAGUGCGGACGAAGACGAAGCUCCGUCAAAAUGAGCACCCGGGAGCAGGAGGAGAAGAGGUACGACCCAAGUGACACGACUCUGAAAUUCGUCAGCAGGCCGGAUGAUCUGGAUCCGUUUCGUAAGUGACCUACAAAAGAAAGAUGUCGCCUAUUUUGUCUUGGUCAAAUAUCCUGGACUUGUGUUUCAUGAGUGAAUUACCUUACUUGAGAGUUAUUGUAUUGAUGUAUAUUUGCCCUUGUGCUUGUGUUUAUCAGCCCCUGAGGAGGGAGACUUGUGUCUCCGAGCAGAGAUGUCGUGUGGACACGCCGUAACUCCACAGUCUUUAACUGGAUGGUGUCGCAGUCUGCUGGAUCAGGUGCUUUUCACCACUUCAUUUACACAGUAAUGCAGUGCGUCUCAAACUUAACUGAAGCAAAAGCCCUUUGUUUUUUUCCUGUCAGUAUUAUUUAGACCUAUCUAUUUAAUUCUUAGCAUUCAGUUUCCAUAAGUCCUACAUAAAACUUUAAAGUUAAAGCGACCCAUCUGGUUUGGAAACACUGGAACAAAGUUCAGUUACAAGUUUAGUAUCUGUCAGCUUUUUGUUUCACUGAAACUCUAAAACUUUUUCGACAUCUUAUGUGGAAUAGUUUUCAAGAAAAAUAGGAAUAUCCUGAUUCCUGACCUCUUAAAUCGAAGCCACAAUAAUGGAGCGUGAAGAGUCUGCAGCCGGAGCUAUUUUUAAUAAUGAUUAUGAUGAUAAUAAUAGGAAAAUUACGGUCUCUCAGAGAGUACAGAGAAUGACGAAGGUAGGACUGAAGAUGGUGAAGAGAGUUGUCCUUUUAUAAUAUAUAUAUGUGACGUGAUCUGUCCUUUUAUUUCAGGGCCAGUAUAAGUUUAAGUGUCCUGCGUUGGCAGAGGGGACCUUACAAAAGUGUGAUGCAGUGUGGCCUUAUGAAGAGGUGCGCCGGCUGGCCGUGCUAACAACUAAAGAGAUGGAGUACUUUGAAGAAAACAUCGCCCGUAUGGCUGCCGCUGAAUACUGUGAAUUCAAAACUGUGAGUGGGCCUUUGAUUAACCUUCUGCUUUGAUUAUGAAUUGAAAUGUGUUCUUUAGAGUUGGCUAUAUUGUCCAGACAUGGAUACACAUCACAACAAGUUGACACUGUGUUUCCAGGAACAGGACAACAAGCUCAACAGUUUUAAUGUUUCUCACAUUCUUUCCGUCAGUGUCCAGGGUGUAAAACUAAUGUGGAGAGAGAGGACCUGACUAACCUGAACGUGCAGUGCACAAUCUGCACAGCCGAAAAGAAGACAAAUUACGAGUUCUGUUGGCAGUGUCUGAAGGUGUGGAAAGGUCCAGCUCCGCGCUCUGACCGCUGCGACAACGAAGGCUGUGUCAACCAUGACCUCCAGCUCCUCCAGAAGUGCGAGACCACCACACUCAUUGAGGUGCAGGGGGUGCUUGGAUGUCCUUCUGUGCGUGCCUGUCCUACCUGUGUUCAGAGGGUGGAGCACAGUAAAAUGGGCUGUAAGAACAUCAUCUGUCCUCGCUGCCAGGUGGAGUUCUGCUUUGUGUGCCUUAAGCUCACCCCUGAGUGUCUGGAGACCAGUUCUUACUUCAUCCCCUGCAGUGAUGGAGUGGCUCCCAGACAAACCUCCAUACCUGUAUGGCACAGGAACUAAUAAGAAAUCAGCACAUGCACUCCUGUCAUACUUUUAUGCACUCGAUUCAUUUUAACUGCAGUCAGCUUACCGCCUUGCUGCUGAAUGUCAUGAUGUUAUUUCUUUUUCGCUGCCAUUUAAGAAACUUUUAUUACGCAUGAAGUCAUAUAAAAACAAUUGCCUACCCAUGGAUGUAUUUCCUGUGUGUUAAAUGGCAUAUAAAUCAUCUGUAACACUUUCCAUGAAACAUCUCUUCUCAUGUAUCAACACAUUUUAUAAGCUUUAUCAAUAAAUGCUUCUUAACAAUCCUUAUAUGUGAUCAGAGGCUUUCAUACCAGCUUAUAGCAAUGUUUAAGAAGUUUUUUUAAGUAUUGAGCAUGACACCUUUUACUAGAGGGAUUUACAAUGCAUUUUAUCUUAACACUAAAGAUUAGAAAUAAUUCUUGUAUAUGGCAAGUAAACCGGGGAUAAAACGUGUUUGGGGCUUCCGUUUUUGCAAGACCUGAUGUGAAGUGAAUAAAAACAAAUUUAUGUUCAGGGCUGGUUCAAAAAUUCAUAUACUCCGGGUUUUACUGUGCUCCAGUUGUACUCAGAAGUUGGAAUUCCUGAGCUCUGAAUUGGAAAUUCAUCUGGAACACCCCCUGAAGUCAGAUUUCUGACUUUCCGAAAGUCAGACGAUCUUCGCCAACUGCGAUUUGAUGACAACGUCAAAAUCCAAGAUGGCAGCGCAGUGCAUCGACAGUAAAGAGUCUCUCGUAAUGUUUUAUUAAUCAGCACUUCUGUUUUGUUUUUGUGAAAUUAAAUAAGUGGUAUAUGUUGUACUGCC